AACCCUAGCCUAUCUCCUCUGUCUGAUCUGUCUCAAGGGUCUGCCAGUGACCUGGGACCCAGUGGGAAAGGGAAAGUGUUGACCAACCCAGCAUAGAGGAAUGUGGCUAAGCUCUGUCUGCAGGGAGUGGUGGAUCGGCCUGCUGUGACCAGAGGUUGGAUUGUGGGAGUUUUGCUGCUUCUCCACUACCCUUAGCCACACACUGUGCCAGAUUUUUGCAGGGAAGGCCACGCUUCCUCAGGUUUCCAUGGACUUGAUGGAGGACACCCGUCAAACUAUGUGGGGUCUGAAUGCCCGCUUGAAGGGGUUUCUGGAGCAGGUGCACAGGCUGCAGGAGGCCAACCAGCGUCUGGAGGAUCAGAUAGCCAACUGGGGUAUUAGGAGCACCUCACAUUCCCGGGACUGGUCCCGGCAGGAACAAACUGUGAGGGAGCUCCGCAACCAGGUUGGUAAACUACUGAUGGAGAAUGCCCAGCUGGCAUUGCAGUCAGACAACAUGAAGUCCAAAGCUGCUGCCAUUCAGGCCAGAUGUGAAGUGGAGGAGCGGCACACCAAGCGUCUGGAGCAACAGGUGGCGCUGCUGAGGGAGUCCAAGAGGCGGGCAGAGCACAACAGCGUGGAGCUGGAGGCAGACCUUCAGCGCUCCAUGACACAGCUGCAGGAGCUGCACCAGGAAUUUGAGGCAGCCUCGGCUCUGCAGCGGCAGCAGGCCGACUUCUGUGAUGCUCUGUCAGUGACGGCCACAGCAGCAGGGGAGGAGGAGGAUGGCACAGGGAUGGAGCUCACCCAGCUCCUCGAACGAAUCAGAGCGCAGUGCGACCAGAGCAGACUUCCAGGCCCAGGCGAGGGACGUCUCGGCCCGGGCGCCGUCUCAAAUCCAGUCCCAGGCCUGGCCAGGCCCGGCCGAUCCGGAGCCGGAGCAGCAUCAGCAGCAUCAGAGGAGGAGGCAGCGUGGGCGCAGGUGAGCCUCGGCGGUGCUGCCUUGAGGGAGGCACGGGCUGAGCUGGCCGAGGCCCGGAAACAGUGGCACUCCCUACAGGUGGAAAUCGAGACCCUAUAUGCCUUGGAGAAAGGCCUGGAGAGCUCCCUGCAGAACACCCAGCAGAUGUACUCCAGCCAGCUGCAUGACCUGUCCCAGGUGAUCGCUGGGCUGGAGAGCGAGCUGGAGCAGGUGAGGGGCGGACUGGCCACCCAGCGGCAGCGCCACAGCCAGCUGCUCAACACCAAGAUGAGGCUGGAGCGAGAGAUCACCACCUACCGACGGCUGCUGGAGCGUGAAGAGGGCAGGUACAUGAGCCGUAAUGGGCAGCUGAUGAGUCUGCGGCCCUGGAGGAGUUCUGUGGUGGAACCCAAGGAGAACGGGCUGGAGAACGGCUUCAGUGACCCUGCGCUGACCCCCGACGAACCCAAGUCUGAGCCCCUGCCAGAAAUACCUCCACUCCACCCGGCAGAAAAUGGGCUGAAGAAGAACUCCAUUCUGCACAGACAGCAAAGCCUUGUAAUACUAACAGAGCCUGAACAGGAUAAAGAGUUGCAGAUUUCCACUGUGAAGACUCAGGAGAUUCUUCAGGGCCACGUGGUGCGGGAGAGUGCCGAGGGUCACGGCACCAUCGAGACAGAAAAGAUUGACAAGGUGAUUAAACAGUGGGAGGGUUCGUUCUUCAAAGGGAAUCCCAAGCUGCGUAAGAAGUCGGUGUCUCUGCGCUUCGACCUGCACAUGGCUGCAGCAGACGAGGGCUGCGCCCAGACGAAGCAGGACAGCCUCCCUGACGUGGAGGUGCGUCUCAUCAUGAAGAGGUCCCGCAGCAUCCCCACCAUCACCCAGUAACUCUGUCACCCCACUGCCCCUGGUCGUGGCAAUACUGGUGAUGCAGUACAGAAAUAACUUUAUAAAUAAAUACAGAAAUAACUGUACCGUUGCCAUCUGGGAUUUUGCCGUCCCGUCAUGCUUAACUUAAUAUGAUUAUGAAAGCAUUUCAGCCAGAUGACUUGCUAAAACUCCAUUACAACAAUCAAGCCUCAUUCGUGAAUGUCUCAUCAAGGACUUGGCAUUACCCAAGGGUUAAAACUGCGCUUCAUUUCACAAAAACAUGACUGACCGCAUAAGCGUGCUCUUCAGGCUUAUGUGCUAAUUGUAUGGGGCCUUUUUUUUAUAGCAAUUACCCUCAGAAAUCCACAGCAAAUAUACUAUAUCAAAACUAUACAUAUCAUAGAAGAUAACUCAGAUUAAUUUAAUUUGUCAACAUAUCUCUGUAUUUUCAUUCAAGAUCAAAGGAAACGUGUCUCUCGACACCAUCAUCAGUGCAAUAUGGCGUGUCACUGUUCGAAAAAGAUUAAUAUCAAUGAUUCUGCUUAACCGCAGCAUUUUAUUCUAAUCAACUAACAUUUAGACAGGUGGCAGAGUGCAGAGAUUGAUAUAGAUAAAUGGAGGUGUGCUGUCACAGAUCACUAUAAGCUACUGUGAACUAUCUAAGGGUGUAUUAUUGUCAACUUUCUGUCUGUAAAUGCUUUGCACUGCAGAGUCUCAGAGGAACCUCAGUACUGAGAGAUUUCCAGAACGCUUGUGCCUUGUGGGGCCUUGUUAUUGCAGUUCAUUCUCUAUGUGGGGGAUUUUUGUUUUGUGGCAACUCAAUCUGAUAAUGUACAUUUUACGAUGCAUUAUCCCCAAAACUGCUCACUGUGAACUUAACAGCAGUGAGGCUCUUAACUCUCACCAUGUGUCUCAGAGAAUUUAGAUUACCUGUCUUAACCAGAAGAGGGCAGUAUUUGUAAAUAGUUAACACUGCAGUAUCUUCAGUGCUCACCUUGGGGGUUGUGGUGUGCAACACAUGCUAUCUGUACAACUUCAAAAAAAGACAGUUUUUAUGCAAAGUUUUGAGUUGGCACCAAAGAUAUUAAAAUCAAGAAAACAACUAUUGUGCAUUGCGUUUGGGUGCCUAUGAAUAUGUAAAAAAGAUACUAUAUAUACUAUAUAUCUAUAUCUAUCUAUAUCUGUCUAUAUCUAUCUAUAUAUGUAGAUAGAUAGAUAUAGAUAGAUAUAGAUAGAUAGAUAUAUAUAGAGAGAUAUAGAUAUAUAGAUAUAUAUAGAUAUAUAUAUAUAUAUAUACAUAUGACCUAUGCAGUUCUUCCUGUGCUUUAUUUUGCUUUGCUUCAUGGAGAACUACAUUAUUCUUUUUCAUUAUGAGAGCUCUUUAACUUCAGAAUGAAGCAUUAUGCUUUUAUCUAACAAUUUAUCAUUUAAAAUAAAAACAAUGUGCAGUCUGGCGUGUUUUUAUUAGCAUGAAAAGCUGUUGUGAAAGGUUUACCACUGUGAUAUGGGUUUUCAUACAAGAUAGAACAUUUCACCACAAGCGCUUCUUUGC